UUGAAUUUGAAAAAAGAAUGAGAAGAGAGAUUGAAAAUAAUGCGCUUACCCUUUUAAUGUUGCUUGAUUAUUAUUUAAGCUUGUAUUUAUAUUAUUUUAAUUUUUUUUUAUCUUUAUAAAACAGAAAACAUCUGUCAACGCGGUAAAAACCUUUAUUUUAGCGAAACGAGAAGAUGGACUUAUCCUAUUAUUUCAUAUUUUUGAAAAAAAGUUGCAAAGAAACAUUAGAUAACAUUUCCCUUUAAAUAAUCCAGAAGCAGAAAUAUUUAUUUUAGCGAAUGGAGUUACAGACUGGAGUUACAAAUAGAAUUUCUACAUAAUAUCCGUUAUGCCCAAUUUCCUGGACUUGUCUUUUGAAAGGAAAAAGCAAAAAAGGGAUUUCUCGUCAGCUGUGAACGCAUUGACGAUAAAAGAUGAAAGGAAUGUGUUUACAGUUUACCAUGACAAUGUGAAAAGGAACUACCUUAAAGUGAAAAGUCGUAGGCGAGUUUUAAAAAGAAAAAUGGCUGACUACCUCAAUUCGUUUACUGUUCAUGGUUUGACGAAGAUGGUGACAGGGAACCGCAUAGAAAGGUUGAUUUGGUCAACCGUUGUUGUAUCAGCUCUUGUAGUGGCAGUGUAUCUAAGCCAAGGCUACGUCAGGAAGUAUCUGGCUCAUGAUAUCUACUUAGAUGCGCAUUCCGUCAUAGAUGAAAGAGCUUACCAUCCAACUGUAUCGCUCUGUUUGGGUGGGUUUCUUGAAAUCUAUAAAAGCUUCUACUGCGGUCACCCCUUUUUGAUGCAUCCGAAUUUUGAUGACUCUUGUACAGAGAAGGAGUUUAAAAGUCCUUUACCGCAUACAAACAAAUCUGAUGCGCUUUGGAGCAAUGGAAUAUUUCAUGUUACAGAUUGUUUUGCAAAUAUCAACUGCGCGUCAGCUCAAUUUUUCAAAUCCAUUGAAAAUACAAAAGGAGCAUGCAUCUCUUGGAAUUGGAACAAAACGUUGUUUCAAAUAUAUGACAAAGCGUCUAUCGAAUUUGAGAUUGAAAACGAGAUCUUGACAAAAUUCAAAAAGUCAAACAUCUACGUCAUUGUUCACGAUCAUAAGUUGUUCGGGGAGUUUUUGAAUCCACAGAUUGAAAUCAUCCCUGGUCAAACUUACUAUAUGCAAGUUCGUAAAUCUAUCACAAAACGACUACCUUUGCCAUUUCCGUCAAAUUGCACAAAAGAGAGUUGGAACGAUGCGUUUCCUGGUGGUUACAUAAGACGCACGUGCAUUAUCAUGGAUUUUGACAUUAAAACUUACAAAAGGUGUGGCGGUAUAAGAGACAUGUCAGCCAUGUUUAUUCCGCAAAGUAUCAAGGAUGAAUAUAAACAAAACAAGUCAAUAUUCAACAUGACGUUGUGUUUUACUGAAGAUAGCAUUGAGAAUAGCAAAUCAGAUUGCCCAGUACCUUGCAAAGAAAUUAAGUAUGACGUCACCUCCUUUGUCAUUCCAUUACCGAAACGCGAGCACAGUGCUACCUCGCUGUACUCGAUUCAAAUUGGCUAUCAAACACCAGAUUCGUACGAAGUUGUGGAAGAAAAAGAAAUCUACCCAUGGGAUAAAUUAGUUUGUGAAUUUGGUGGCUUACUAGGGCUAGUAAUUGGCGCUUCUGUGUUAUCAUUGGUGGAAAUAUUUAUUUAUUUUAUGCUGUUUGUACUAAAAAGUUGUUCAUGACUCAUCGCAGAUGCAUUUUGUGCAUUUAAAUUGAUAAAAGGAAAAGAGAAGAUUUGAAAAUUAUUGGUUUUAGAAUAAAAUAUAAAUGUAGCU